AUGGCAUCCAUCGGUGCGGUGGUGGACUCCAACGAUGCCGUCGCCCCACUCCAGAAGCUGCUCAGCUCGCCCAAUGCUCCUCUCAAAUACACCAUAGCUCAGGCUUCCUCCUGGUCAGGCACCUAUCAUCCCAGCAACAUCCUUCACAAUCGCCCACAUGAAAUGUACUCGAGAUGGUCCGGCUCCUCCCAGCAUGCCGUCAACUCGGCUUCGUCGGGCCCAACUUCCUCCACCGGCACCGGGAUGGGUGUCAAUCCGGCGAGCUACCUCACCAAUCCCUCGAGCAACAACCCAAAUCUAGCUCCACCGACAUCGUCAAGCACUGGCUCAUCGCCCUCGUCUUCUUCUGCAACCUUGAGCGGCGGCGCACAGUCCUCCUCGACACGCCGCACAGCUACGGUGCCGGUAGCGAGCGGUGCAGCUCCAGGCCAGUCGCAAAAGCAGUAUAUCAUCUUGAAGCUCGACAAACCUAGCGUCGCGCGGUCCAUCACGUUCGGCAAAUACCACAAGCCGCAUCCUUGCAAUCUUCGCGACUUCAAAGUCUAUGGAUCCGCUAGCAUCGACAGCCUCUUGCCUUCUUCGUCCGUCAACGGCCGGCCCCCUGCUAGUAAGCGUCUGCUUCGUGGCGGCCUCAAGAACGAUGCCAUUCCUGAAACCUUCGAGCUGCGCUGGCUCGAAGAUGCUGCCACCGGCUCCGGCUCUGGCUCCUCCAUCGAGGCCUCGAGCUUCCUGCCUGCCGACGGCGAGCCAGAUCGCCGUUCUGCCUCCAACGCGCUUGUCAUCACGGGCAAUGCCGUUCCCUUCGCCAUUCGAUACGUCAAGAUCGUCCCUCUCGCUGCACACACACCCAACUACAACUUUUCCAUCUGGCACGUAGCGCUAGCCGGCGUCAGCGAACCGGCUCUGGUAGCCCGUGUGGCGCGCAGCUACGAACAACACCGCCAGUCUACAGCCACUCGACUCAUCCUCAAACAUCUCCGCGAGCACGGUCAUCUCACCGCCUUUCAAGCAUUGCUGCAAUCUUCUCGCCUCGCGCCUCCCAGUCAGACGGAGGCGGCUCCGCAACCGACCAAGAUGCUCCCUUACAGUCCACAUCGCCCCUUCGAACACCCUCUUCUCACCACACUCUUUGAUGCGCUAGUCCGACGCGCUAGCUGGGACGAGGUUGAACUGUGUCUCAACCGAGCCGCGUACGGCGACCUGGUCGAUCCUGCCAACAGCGGCUCCUCCACGCCCAUGUCGCCCGGCGGUGGUGUCGCGUCGCCUACGAUCGCCAGCCUCUCUCGCAGCGGCGUAUGGACGCAACCCUGGCAAAAGUCGAUGUUCUCUUCCUACAUUUCGCGUCAGAUUCCCAAAGCGAGCUGGUCGCAGAUCCAUCCCAUGAUGCCGUCUCUCCCCGAAUCGGCAAGCAAGGCGCCGACCGCACCGUCAGGCAGAGGCGGCCAUGCCAUGGUCUUUGACCCCGAAAAGGGCAUCGCCUAUCUGUUCGGCGGAUGGGACGGCCACCGGGAUCUUUCCGACUUAUGGGCGUACCACGUCAACGAGAAUCGGUGGCGUCUGAUUUCGCCCGACACUCAACUGCAAGGCGGUCCCAGCCCAAGGAGCUGCCACAAGAUGGCUCUCGACGAAAAGAGCGGCUGCAUCUACCUGUUGGGGCGCUACAUCGACUACGAGAGCGCCAAUCAAUCCGAAGCAGUGCCCGCCGACUCGAUGGCUCACGUCACUCGCAGCACCGCCACGGCUUUGUCGUCGGCCGCCGCCGCCGCCAUGCCAGUGACCCCCUCCUCGUCGACAGCACGCACCACGCGCGCCAACUUCCUCGCACGCUAUCCCGAGUCGAUCGCUCGCGACAUUCACAUGAUCCUAGGCGACAGCUCGCCUCAGAUCGACGACGUCGGCAUGGAGGGAGCCGGUGCGGGCGGUCAGAGCACCUCUGUGCGAGGGAGUGCUGUGUCAGGCGGUACAGGCUCAGCUGGAUCGACAUCGGCGCCCGCAUCUAACUCGGAAUCGUCGCCGCUCUUGUUUGGCGGCGGCGGUAGCAGCAACAGCAGUGACUUUCCGGAAUCCAUCGGACGCUCACCACGGGCUGCCUCACGCCUUCAAAGCAGUGUCCGCACCGAUUCGCAGCAGCAGCGUCCACCGUCCAUGUCGUCGCCUCCAGGCCGCGAGGCCGAUCUCUUCCGUUUUUCGACUCGCUCUGAAAGAUGGGAAAGGCUCAGCGCUGAUACGUAUGCUGACGGAGGACCCAAGCUCAUCUUUGAUCACGGGCUGGUGAUCGAUGCGCAGAACCAGAUGAUGUAUGUCUUUGGCGGUCGUGUCACCGAUCCGGAUCCGGCCAAGUUCGAGUUCAGCGGCAUGUGGCGCUACGACAUCAUCCAACGCAGCUGGACGUUCCUGUUUGACGACCGCACUUCCAACGGUGCCAAGAUCCUCAGUCGAUCGGGACACAGCAUGCUGCUUGACAGCGGCCGACCGGGUGCUUCUGGCAUGUCGCCUUCGCACACGCGUCAAAUCUGGAUCUUAGGUGGCCAACGCGGUGCAUCGGCGACCUUCCUGGCGGACAUGUACACGUACAACUUGGCCACGGGUGCUGUCCGCGAGGUGUCCCGCAACACGGCGCACAACGGGCCCGAAGCUGCCUUCACGCAACGCGCUACCAUCGACGUAGCGGCACGCGAGAUCAGCGUCUUCAUCGGACUCAUCGGCGGCCGCAAUGAACGCAAGAGGAGCGCAUUUUGGAUCUACAGCAUCCCGAGAUCGUCGUGGCGCAAGGUGUACCAGUACGAAGGUGGCAAGCAGUCCGAAUUUGCCUCCGAGGCGAGCAACGGUGUGGCGGUGUCUGGUUUGGGACUGCUUGGGAGCAGCGAGGACGGGCUGCUGGGAACGGCCGACGGCAUCGACGCGGAUGGCGAGAUGGAAGGCGACGACGUGCCCGAGUCAGGACCGCUUCAAGCGUUGCCGACCUACUCGGACGAGGCUGGCUCGGACGACGAGGAGAUGCCCAUCGAGCCGCCGACCAGCAGCUGGACGGCGUAUGCUGGGCAGAAUGCCUUGGAUGCGGUCGGACCCGGUAGCGUUGGGGCGACAGCGACUGCCGCUACCUCCCAUCUUGCCCCGUCCUCUCCAGCGAGCCGAGCUCGGCCUGGCAGCGGAUCCGGAACGGGCACAGCAGCCCAACCGACAGAACCUCAGCCGAGAUACGCAGCUCAGCUGGUCUUUGACGACCGCAAAAAGGUCUACUACCUGCAUGGCGGCAACCCGGAAGACGCCUCGGAUCGAUCGUACCGUCUGGACGACUUUUGGCGAUUGACCUUGCUGCGACCCACUCCGGGCGAGAUUCUGCGCAGGGCCAAGUUCCGCGUCCGAAGGCAGCGCUUCUUGGAGAUGACGCGCAACCUCGCACCGGCGAUGAACGACUCCGAAGAGGAAAUCGCAACGGCUGCGUCGGUCGCACCUGCUGCCAACUCGGGUGGAUUCGCACUGGACGGCGGACCUCGUUUUGGCUUGGAGGCGCUGAUGUACUUGCAGACCGAGGUGGGUGCGGUGGUGGAUCACUCGGACGAGUCCGAGUCGCGCCUGUUCCGUCGACUCAUGUCGCACCUGCUGAGCGCCGAGACGGGCGGUGGACGCAUGCCCCUGUCCAACGGGGACACUGCCGACGAGACGCUCGUCCCCACCGACCGCACCUAUCCUCUCCAAGGCAUCGGCUCCUCUCCACUCAACCCGCACGCCCAUCUCGCCGCCUCUUCCGACUGGACGGGUGCCGCAGGCUCGAAACGCACGCGCGAAGAAGCGGAAACGGACGAAGCCGAGAUGGCCAGCUCGGUCUCCUCGCUCAUGAGCGGCGACGAUGCGGGUUCGGAGAUGAUGCUCUCGGCAUCGCAGGUACUGCAGCAUCGGCUGAAAAAGGCGGUGCCAAGACUGCCGACAGUGCACGUGAGGGACGACGAGGGACGGCCAGGGGCAUUCGUCGAUCCAAAGAUGGAAUCCAAGCUCCAGUCGCUCAAAGUGGCCGAGCUCAAGGCGCUGCUGACGACGGCGGGGUUGGGAGUAUCAGGAAACAAGCCGGACCUCAUUGCGCGAUUGCUCGAAAACCCAUCUGCAACUGCCUCUCUCGGCGGUGGCGAGGCAGCACCUGCACCUGCAUCCACCGCAGCGCCUUCUGCCCCUGCACCUGCGCCAGUGGCACCUGCGGCGUCGACAGCCACGCCAGCAGCCGCACCAGCCGCCCCUGCACCCGCGCCUGCAGCAGACGAGACAGGUCCAUCGGAAGAGCAGCGUCGUCAAGCACUCAUUCUCGAACUCGAAAAACGCAAGGCGCGAGCAGCCAAGUUCGGCACGCCCCUCGGCGAGGCGGAACGCAAACUCGAACGAGCGAUCAAGUUCGGUCUCGACCCCAACGACGAGGCGAACGUAGCAAAGCUGGGCCAGGCGCUCGGCGCGCGUCCCGCCAGCAAGGGCGAGCGCAAAUCCAAGGAGGCCAAGACCGAGGCAAAGGAGGCGAAGACGAGCCAGCCAAAGGAGAGCGAGGAGGAGAAGGCGGCGAGGCUGAAGCGGGAAGAAGAGGAGAAGGAGAAGGCGAGGAAGCGUGCCGAGCGAUUUGGGAUCAAAGUGGAUGACGAGGGCAAGAGGAAGAGGGACGAGGGGGUCAAUGGUGCGGAGAAGAAGGUCAGGACGUAG